AAUAAAAACUUGUAAGGGGAGAUCUGUAAAUUUGAAGCACAUCAAUUACAACAUGUCACAUUAACACUUAAAUUCAUGUAAGUUUGAAAAGUAUGAUUCUAUAUAAAAAAAUGUUAGUCAUAAGCCCGAAUUCACGAAAUAAUUAGUUAAAGUAGCAUAGAUUUCACCUCUCCAAUCAAUCAUCUCCUGACACGUGCACCUAGUCAUGAGCCCAUCUUUUAGUUAGCAUAGCUCGGAAAGAUAUAGAUGUCAAUAUUAUAGGCUCAGCGAAUCUAUAAGAAAACAUGCAGCACUGCAAGCAAUGAAAACUUCCAAAAUUUGCAUCAGAGAAGAAAAAUAACGCAACAUAUUCCCUUUCAAAUUUUUCUUAUCAAGCGACUGUUCUGCUUUUCUGCCAUGGGAAAGGUUUUAAUAGCAGCAGUCAUGGUUGGAUCACCUACUGUAGCUGAAAUUCUUCCCUUUCAAACUAAAGCUUAAACUUUCUCUCUUAUGUUUCUUCUCCAAAACGUAAAGAUUUAUCAUGUCUUCUUCUCCUUCACCAAUAGUUUUUGAUAACGGCAAUGCCCAUUUCUAAAUUCAAUCCCCAAAACCUCUUCCGAAUAAACCAAGCUUCUCACGGGAAAAAACUAAAAUGAACCAACUUCAUCUUCAUCGGAUGGGCUAUUUACCAGUGCCCGUCUCUCUUCAGCGAACAAUUUCAUUAGUCUGUUUUGUUCUUUUCCUUCAAAAUCCUCUACCAAUUUCUUCAGAUUACACCACCUUGGUGUACAAGAUUUGCUCAAACCAGACCUUUCAAGACCCAUUCUCUUACUCCCUGACCCUUUCCUCCUUGUACCAAGACCUCGUUGCCCACUCCUCCCACUCCAAGUUCUUCAAAACCUCCGCCGGCGACGAAGCCGCCGCCGUCUUCGGCCUCUUCCAGUGCCGGGGAGACCUCUCCGCCGACGACUGCAGUACCUGCGUCAGCGAACUUUCGUCGAACAUCUGGUGCGCGCAGAGCUCGGCCGCCCGAGUCCAGCUCGGCGCAUGCUACAUGAGCUACGAGGCAGAUGGGUUCGACGAGAUCAGCGUUUCCGAAAGCGCAGCGCUUUACUGGACUUGUGGGGAGGCGGCGGCGGCGGCGGUUCGUGGGCGGGAGACGGCGAGGGACGCGGCAUUUGCGGAGGCGGAGAGCGGCGUGGGAGGGAGCGAGGGAUUAUUCUAUGGGUUUAGGGUUUAUGGAGGGGUGGGGGUGAUGGCGCAGUGCGAGGAGGAUAUGGGGCGGUGCGAAUGCGGGGAGUGCGUGGGGAGUGCGGUGGAGAUUGGUCGGGAGGCGUGUGGGAGCUCUGCGUCAGGGCAAGUGUAUAUGGACAAGUGCUUUCUCAGCUUCUCCGAUUUUGACGACGAGAUACUCACCGGCGACGGCCAAGGAAAACAAGGAGGAAAUAAUGUGGGGAAAGUUGCAGCAAUUGCUGCGGCAGGGAUAGCAGCUUUGUUUCUUGGAUCCCUCUUCUUGAAGUUCAUCAUUAAGUCUUUGGCAGAUAAAGAUUAUUAGGAUUUUUGAAAUAAAAUAAGCUUCAACAGUUCUUCAGAUCGACGGGCAAAACCCUAGCUAUAUUUUAUUAGGAACGACAUUUUGCUUUGGUCCACUAAUGGCCGGCUGUACAUCAUAAAGUUACAAGUAUAAUAAAGUGGAAUUGUUCGGAAGAGCAUCAGUCUCUUAUCUAAAUCUUCUUCUGUAUUAGUACUUUGAUACACUAGGUUUUAACCUGUGUAGUGUUUGGAUUUUGUAAUCAAUUAAUUAUGCUAUAAAAAAUACUUGGAUGAGAAAA